CUUCUCUGCCUUACUUACAUCCAUUAUCACCACAAGAAACGAGCCCGGCCGGUGCCAGAGCUAAGCGGCAAGCGUAUCAGCGUCUACGUUGACGGCGAUUCGUCUGUAAGCCUCGACAAGACUGGACAAACUGAAUCCGGGCCCUGGGGACCGUGGGUGCCAGAGCAGUGUUCGCGAACGGGUGACUGCACGGGGCCGUCGGUUCGGUACGUUUCGUGCAACUUGGAUCCAUGUCCAGAAGGCACCGACUUCCGAGCGGAACAAUGCGCGGCUCACAACGACGACCCAAUCGACGGACAAUACCACAAGUGGAUACCGUAUAAGGGCAAAAACAAGUGCGAGCUUUUGUGUAAACCCGAAAACGCCAAUUUCUACUAUAAAUGGGAUGACACCGUCAUUGACGGAACCAAAUGCGAUUCAAAAGGCGAAGAUAUCUGUGUCGACGGUGUCUGCUUGCCUCUUGGAUGCGAUGGAAAACUUGGAUCAGGUACGAUAGUUGGG